AUGAAGAUGGCGAACGUGCUGCUGGAGUUCAAGGCUGCUGCCGGAGACUCAGAGCCCCAAAGCCGCCCCGUUUUAGUUAUCGGACAACAAAACAAUCUGCAGCAAGUUAACUGGAGCCAGAUCAAGGGAAAGCUUCAACCAGCCGUUAGCAAAGAGGUUUGGCUGGCGGCUCUCGCUGCGUUGAGCCCCAACCCCACGGACAGCUGCCCCCUGUACCUGAACCAUGCCACGGUGGCAGCCCUGCCCGCCAGGGUCAGCCGGCACAACAGCCCCUCCUCUGCCCACUUUGUCUCCCGCCUCGUACGGUCCUGUCUGCCCGGGGGCAACAAUCGCUGCAUCGUGAUGGUGUGCGAGCGCUCGGACGUGUUUGCGUCUUCCUGCGCCAUCUCCCGGGCGUUCCCCACCUUCUCCCGCCGCUCUGCGUCCUCGCGCCGGACGGAGAAGAAGAAGGUCACCGUGGAGUUCAUCGUGGUGGGCCAGGAGAGCAGCUCCGUGGAGCCGGCAGAGCUUCAGUGUCUUGCCAAUGCUGCCGACGGCGUGAGGCUGGCUGCCCGCAUCGUGGACACGCCCUGCAACGAGAUGAACACUGAUCACUUCCUGGAUGAGAUCAAAGCCGUUGGUGCAGAGCUGUCAAUCACACCUGUGAUCAUUCGUGGAGAGGAACUGAAGCAGAAAGGUUUUGGAGGUAUCUAUGGAGUGGGCAAGGCAGCAGAGCAUCCCCCUGCCCUUGCAGUACUGAGCCACACACCGGCUGGGGCCACCCAGACCAUUGCAUGGGUGGGGAAGGGCAUCGUGUACGACACUGGUGGACUCAGCAUUAAGGGAAAGACCACGAUGCCAGGGAUGAAGAGGGACUGCGGAGGAGCUGCAGCCAUCCUGGGAGCUUUCAAAGCCACCGUUAAACAGGGCUUUAAGGACAACCUUCAUGCCGUUUUCUGUCUAGCGGAGAAUGCGGUCGGACCCACAGCCACGCGGCCCGAUGACAUUCACACGCUGUACUCUGGGAAGACUGUGGAGAUCAACAACACGGAUGCAGAGGGCAGACUGGUGCUCUCCGAUGGAGUGGUGUAUGCCAGCAAGGACCUGUCCGCAGACAUCAUUCUAGACAUGGCCACCCUGACGGGGGCACAGGGGAUCUCCACAGGGAAGCACCACGCGGCCGUGCUGACCAACAGUGAGGCAUGGGAGGCGGCGUGUGUGCGGGCGGGCCGCAGCAGCGGAGACCUGGCCCACCCGCUGGUGUACUGCCCCGAGCUGCACUUCAGCGAGUUCACCUCGGCCCUGGCCGACAUGAAGAACUCUGUGGCAGACCGGGAGAAUGCCCAAAGCUCUUGUGCAGGCCUCUUCAUAGCCGCUCACCUGGGCUUCGACUGGCCUGGUGUGUGGGUCCACGUGGACAUGGCCUAUCCUGUCCAUGUUGGCGAGCGUGCCACAGGGUUUGGCGUUGCUCUGCUCAUGGCGCUGUUCGGCCAGGCCUCAGACGACGCCAUGUUGAACAAGGUGUCUCCCCUGAGCUUGGACAGCGGGGCGGCGGGGGACGGCGCGGGGCGGGACUGCAAGCGGAGACGACUGGUCUGAAGACCUCUGACUCGCUCUCACUGAACGCUCAGUAGUCAGUCAGUGGGCCUAAAUUGGGAUCAAAUUUGAGGCGUUGUUAGUUCAGUUCAAAACCAGGCUCUAAAAAAAAAAAACAUUGAGUAGGUUAAAUGUUUUGAGUGGAUUAGCUAUUGGGGUGACUGUAAUGAUGAAGACUGUCUGCCUUUGCACUUAUUUUGCUGAUUAUCCUUCUGGCAUUAAUACUAUUGAAUCUGAAAUAAACACUUUUUACUAUCA